UGACUAAACGACAAAAUCGUUGAGCUAAGAUGGCGCUGUCAUGAGGCUUCUACUCUGCCAUAUUAGCUGUUACUCAACCUUUUCUUAUACGGAAAACAUUUCCUACGAUUGUACAUAGCAUUUUCACAUCACAAAAUAGGGAUUUAUUCAAACUUAUAUCUAAAAAUUUUGCCUCUUAGUCGAACAUUUUUUCUUAAUACGAUAUCAUUUGUAAGAAAGAAGACAAAUGUGCGAUGGGUCGGACCAUGUCGUUUCGGUUGUAUUUUUCUGAAUUCUAUUCAGAGUGGUGUGUCUGACUGCACUUUAUCAAAUUAUAUUUGAGAGUUUGAUGAAGACAUAUAUCACUCAUUAACUUCAGAAUUAAAAGCUCCCUAUCUUGACGGCAUUUGUCUGUGAUUAACCAACCAACCUUAAAAAUGGUUCGAAAAGACGUCAGGAUUUUAUUAGUCGGAGAUCUUUCUGUGGGAAAGACAUCUCUAAUUCUUUCCCUAGUUAGUGAAGAGUUUCCAGAAGAGGUGCCAGCAAAAGCAGAGGAGAUUACUAUUCCUGCUGAUGUUACACCAGAACGGGUUCCCACUCACAUAGUUGACUUUUCAGCUCAAGAACAAGAUGAAAAUGCUCUAUGUAAUGAAAUACAAAAGGCAAAUGUUGUCUGUAUUGUUUAUUCAGUAGAAGAUGAAGAUACUAUAGAAAGAAUCACAAACCACUGGUUACCAUAUAUUAGAAACAUAUUAGGAGACAGUCAUAAAACACCGAUUAUUUUAGUUGGAAAUAAAGUUGAUCUCAUGGAAUACACUAAUAUGGAGGGUAUAUUACCUAUCAUGAAUGAUUUUGCUGAGAUAGAAACUUGUAUUGAGUGUUCUGCUAAAACUAUGAAAAAUAUUAGUGAAUUAUUUUACUAUGCUCAAAAGGCUGUUCUCCAUCCUACUGCUCCAGUGUAUAAUGCUGAAGAGAAAGAGCUCACACCAGCUUGUAAAAAGAGUUUAACAAGAUUAUUCCGGAUCUGUGACAUGGAUAAUGAUAGUUUACUUAAUGAUAGUGAAGUAAACCUUUUUCAGAAAAAAUGCUUCAAUGCUCCACUGCAUCCGCAAGCUUUGGAAGACGUGAAAGCAAUUGUCAAGAGAAACAUUACAGAUGGCAUUGUGAAUGAUUCUUUAACAUUGAAAGGUUUCCUUUUUCUUCACACAUUGUUUAUACAAAGAGGUCGGCAUGAAACAACAUGGACUGUACUAAGAACAUUUGGAUAUGAUGAUAAUCUUAUGCUUACCAAGGAAUUCUUGUGUCCAAAGAUUCCUGUUCCGCAGGGUUCAACGCCAGAAUUAACGCCACAAGGUUAUGAAUUUCUUACAGCAAUUUUUGAAAAGUAUGAUGAGGACAAUGAUGGCUGCUUAUCAGCUACAGAAAUCCAAAAUUUAUUCAAUACUAGUCCUAUUAACCCUUGGGGUCCAGAUGUAAACAAUACAGUGUGUACUAACUGUGAAAAUUGGAUCAAUUUAAAUGGAUAUCUUGCUCAGUGGACGUUGACUACAUUAUUGGACCAUCCAAGAACUAUUGAAUAUCUUGCAUAUUUAGGUUACCAUUAUUAUUUUGACAAUCAACUGUCAGCUAUUCAAGUUACAAGAGAUAAGAAAAUAGAUUUAGAAAAGAAACAGACUGCUAGAAAUGUAUUUCAAUGUUAUGUAAUUGGUGCAAAGCAUUCUGGAAAGACAUCAUUCCUACAAGGUCAUUUGGGACGAAAUUUGCGUUAUGUUGCCACCAUAAACAAAGAACACUUUUCUUCAUUCACAAUAAAUACAGUCCAAGUUUAUGGACAAGAAAAGUAUCUGCUGCUCCAUGAAGUUGAUGUGUCGCUGUGCGACAUGCUAACACCAACAGAAAUCAAUUGUGAUGUUGCCUGCCUUAUUUAUGAUGUCACUAAGCCAAAGUCAUUUGAAUAUGCUGCUAAGAUGUUCUUGAAAUAUUUUUUCGAUACCCGUAUACCUGUAUUGUUUGUUGCUUGCAAAGCUGAACACCGAGAAGUAACACAAGACUUUGAGAUGACACCAAUUCAGUUUUGUACUAAGUAUAAAUUACCACCACCACAGUACUUUACUUGUAUCGAUAAAAUAAACAAAGACAUUUACGUGAAAUUAGCUACAAUGGCUGCUUAUCCCAACCUCAAACGUUUGGUGCACAUGCUGCUGGUCCAUCAGCGAUCAAUCUGGUUGGAGGAAAAACUGAGAUACCUGAAAAACAUCUACAACAAGGAUAAGAAGUUGUUUAUAAAGGCAGCUAUUGGUCUGGCUGUGGCAACUGGUUUUGGAUUCAUAACAUAUAGAAUAAUCCGUGCCCUUCGAUAGGGACUGACUUUGCCUUGCCAUUUUUUUCUUUUUAAAAUUUGUAGAUGGUAACACGAGAAAGAAUACCUACCCAAAACCUAGAAAAGAAAAGAACACUUAGCAUUUUUUUAAAUGUUAUAUCCAAGUUUCUUUCUAUGUUAAUCUGCAGGGUACUAGAGAGUGUCUCUACAAAUUUUGAUAUUUUCAUAAAUAUGGAGUUGUUGAAGUAAUGUUUUUACACCUCAACUUCUGUUAUUUCUAACAUUCAAACCAAUAGUGAAGUAGUAAUGGGUCCUUUUUUUUUUUAAAUAAAGUUGACUGGAGCAAGUGAGAUAAUAUGUGCUGUAUAUAAUACUUAUUUCAGUUGAUUUAAAUUUGACAAAACAAAAAUAAUAAAAAAGCAUGUCACCUUUUUCACAUUGAAUGUUUAGUAACAGAAAAGGUAUCUAGUUUUAAAGACACUUGUUUUAAACAUUGUGUGUGUGUGUGCGUGCAUAUGUGUAUGUGAGUGUGCAUUCGUGCAUGAAAAGUAAAUUUGCAGAAUUAUGUAACUCAUGCUAUCUUGGAAGAAAGCAAAAAACAAUGAAUGUAAAAAGACAUGAUAAUAAUGAAAUUAAAAUUAAUAAAAUAAUAUGCAAAAUAUAUGAAAGUAAUAAUAUAGAGAUGUGAGUCACAGGAACAGUUACCAUUUCUAUUUAGAUGAAAUAUCAAAACAUUGUUUUAAAUGUGAAAAAUUGAAGAAUUAAACAAACACCAGAAAAAUAAGAAAACAAAAAGGAAAAUAAAGAACAAACCAAACGGUAUAGUGUAAAUGUUGAAGUACAAUUACAUGAAUAUAAAUAAAUUAAAAUAAUCUAACCAAUAUUUGUGUUAAAAAUAAGGGAACAUACCAAUGAUUCGACAUCUGUACAGUUUUAUCAUUUUCUUUUAAAGCCUUUGAAUUUGAAUCAGUUUGGACUUCUAUUUUCUUCUCUUGAUCAUCUUUCACAACUGUUUUGUGUUAGCACCUCUAAUACUCCAACCUUAUCUAAAACCACCACCACUCACUUUUUUCUUUCUUUUUAGCUUUUUAUUUUGAUUGUGAUACUUUUUUAAUGCUGUUAUUGGUUGGGACCUUUCAUUCAAGGAUUAGACUAGAUUGCUACAAGUUUAGUUUCAGUAAUUCUCUAAUGCAUUCUCCACUUCAUCUCUCUCUCUCUCUCUCCCCCCUUAGCUUUAUCUAUUAGGGUUUAUUUUGUUUGUUAUAGUAACAAUUAUGGAUGUAAAAUUAUUGUUGCGAUGGAUACUGGUGUGUGGUGUGCUUUUGAUUCCAGGUCGAAAGCUGUUUCACUUUGCCAGUACCUUUGAGGAAAAUAUGGACAUUGCAACUUCAUAUCUAAAUGAAUAUUUGUGAAGGAAAUCAUUAUUAUUAUUAAUUAGGAUGGUGGAAUGGCAGAAUAGUCAGAUUACUGGAGAAAAGCUUUACAGUAUUUGGUUACAGCAUUUCAUCUUCUAACUCCAAAUCCUGCCAAGGUCAUCUUUGCUUUUCAUCCCUCCAGAGUUGAUAAAAUGACAGUACCACUCAAGUACUGGGGUUGAUUUAAUUGACUAAACCUCAUCCCACAGAAAUCAAGCCUUGUGCUGAUAUCAGAAACCAUUAUUUUUGUUAUUAUUAUUAUUAUUAUGGGUCAUCCUCAUAAGCAUCAUCGUUUUCCUUUCUUUGUUGUUUCAUUUGAGGCUCAAGAAGUUCUAAGCAAAGUGUGAAUUAUGAAAAUGUGAAAUCAAAUAAAUGUACAGAAUUUGGGUAAAAAUAUGUGAAUUAGAGAGUUUGAAUGUUGUUCACUCCAUACACUACAGAUAUUUUUCUUGUCACUGCCAAUUAUUUCUAAAUUUCAAAAAAGUUCUUCCAAAUAUAUUUCACCUGCUGCACUGGCAUGGUACCAAGUGUGUAAGCUACAUGUCAAAGUCUUUAUGUGUAACGUAAAAAAUUCUAAUUUCUUUGUACAUGCAUGUUUAAGCAGCAUAGUUCAUGUCUGCUCCCUAAUUAUGAUGUAUAUAGUUCAUGGAUAUGGUGCAAUUGGUUCCAAGCUAGAAUGAAUUUUUUUUACAUCAACUAAUUUCCUUUAUAAGCCAUGUGGUAAUAAAGGAAAUCAUUGUAAUAUUUAUUUAUGUCAUUUUGUUGUCUAAGUUCUAUGUCUUGAGAUUAAAUUGACAAUACCCCUCCUGCCCUACAGAUGUGAGGCCUUAUGCCAAUACUAGAAAUCAUUAAUAAUUAUUGUUAGGAUUGUCCACUGUCAGAAAUGCUUGAGAUCUGGACUUAAUUCAUGCACAUUGCACAAGAGUCUACAAUUUCGUUUUUGCUUUUUAUGAUUUAAUUAAUCUUGAACACCUUCAAUUCCUCUGUUUACAGUUUUGAAUCACUAUUUAAUGCAAAAACCAUUUCCUUUGGUUGGUUUCCUUGGCAGAAUAUUUGAAAAUAAUACUUCUACAUGAUGAGUGUAAUGUUCCAUUUCCUUUUGAAUGAUGCCAUAACAAUUGAAAGUCUGUACCAUACCAACUUUAUGCUGAAUAUGAGUUGUAUUGUGUGAAAUCCUAUUUGAGUGAACUUUUUUUAGAAUUUAUGUAAUAUACUUAAUGAAUAUUACUCUGUUUUGAUUUAUGACUAGAUAACAACAACAGUUAUAGAAUAAUCUUUCCAAUUGUUCCUGAGCUGAUGUAUUUUAGUACCUUCUGUAUUCAAUAGGCUUAUGAGUAUUAAUAUUAUUGUUUUAAAAUAUAAUCAUAUAGGGUGGUGGAUAGUAGAAUCUGAUGAGCGUUGAACAAAAUACCUUUUGGUAUUACCAGCUCUUUAAGUUCUCAAUUCAUGUCCCAUCAAGGUCAACUUUGACUUCCAUCCCUUCUAGGUCAAUAAAAUAAAGUACUAGUCAAGUAUUGGGAUCAAUGUUAUUGGCUAGCCCCUCCCCCUUAAAAUUGCUGGUUUGUACCUCAGUUAGAAACUGUUAUUAUUUUUAAAUGAUGGUUAUGUACCUCUUUGCUCAGAAUUCAAAACUCAGCAUCAACUAUAUAUGAUAUUGUGGAAUCUUCUCAUGAUUGUUUAUAUCCUGAAAUAUUUCAGUGUGUCAGAGCAAGGCUAAUCUUGGUAAUGUCUCUGCCAGGAUGGUUAGUGCAAAUUACUCCUUUCUCAACAUGAAGACAAGCAGACAGAAUACUAACCAUCUUUAAUAGUCAGUUAUGUUGUCACCUACUUCUCACCAUUUCUUCCUUAGUAAAGCUAGUAUUGGAAUUAACCUUACUAUUUAAUAUUUCUUCUUCAGUCUUGAGAUGAAGAAUGUUGAUGCUUGUAAGAAGAAUCUUGAUUAGCAUUAUCCUUGUCUCUUUUUCAUUGAAUAAAACUAUUCUAUCAGAUCCUGUAAUAACAGGAUCUAGUUAGCUGCAUAAAAUUUAAUCUCAGAUAAUACCUUUCAUUAUUAUCAAUUAUACCUCUCUCUGAAAUUACUGGCCCUGUGACAAAAUUAGAAAGAAUUAUCAUUAUUGAGGUGGUGAACUGGCAGAAUCUUUACUUAGCAGCAUUUCUGAGUGCAAAUUCCCCAAGGUUGACUUUGCCUUUCAUUCUUUCUGGGCCAAUAAAAUAAGUACAAGUUGAGCACUGGGGUCAAUGUAAUCAACUAGCCCUCUCCUGCAAAAUUUCAGACUUUGUGCCUAUGGUAGAAAGGAUUAUUAUUAUUAUUAUUAAAUUUGAGAUUAGAAUUACCAAUUACAACACAUAAAAGAGCUCUAGGUUAUUUCUGCAUUUCGUUCCAAUAUGGCAAGAAGUUGAUUUGUGAAAAAAAUUCACAUCAUUUUUGUUUAGUAAGUUAUCUAUUUAGUUCAUUUUUAUUUUAUAUUCAAGAGAUACAACUCAAAAUAUUUGCUGGCAUCAUUUUGUAAAAACACCUUUGAUGAUUUCUAAAAAGUCAUAAGAGCAGAAAUUCCUCAUCAUGUUGAAUAUGUACGUACAAUAGUGGGCUGUUGUCAGCCUCCUUAAUAGGUAUUCAGGGCUGUGAACUGUAUGUGUUGGUUUUCUUGGUCAUGUAGAUAGUCUCUCACUUAAUCAAUUAAGUUGAUGAUUUCUCUCCUCAGUAAACUUACUGAUUCUCAUAUCAGCCAAAUUCUUUAUCUAUUAGCUUAUCUCAACUUAGAUCUUCCUGCAUUUAGUUUUCUUUGUCAUUAAUAUUUUUUUCAAUUUCAACAUUCAGUUUUAAACCAUAUUCCUUCUAUUGCAUUAUUCAGCUAGGAUUCAGAAAAGAGGUACAUACUACUUUCUUAUGGUUUCUGCAAAUAUACAGAUAUUAUUACCUUUAUAAUUGUAUUUACGUGUGCUAAGUAUACAUAAAUACAAUGCAUUUUAUAUAUAUAAUACUAUUUAUGUAUUAUAUAAUAUGUAUAUGAUUUUUUUAAAUUCUAAAACCAACAGUGGGAAAAUUGAGCUACUCAAGUGAUUUUUUUUCAGUCCUCUUUUUGCAUAUGAUUACAUAAACAUGUUUAAUAUCAUAUAACAAAAUUAAGCUACAUCUUUGCAUCAACAAGAGACACAUUGCUAUUAAAUUGAAUUAUGAAAAAAUAAUAUCUAAUAAUUUGAAUUUUAUAUAUAUAUAUAUAUAUAUGUAUAUGUAUGUAUAAGGUUAAGAAGGGUAUUGGAUUCAACCAAACCCAAAGAUACAGGUAAUACCGAGUAAGUGCUGUAUACCGGCUAGUUUUGCCCCAUUCGUUGUAUAAACAAGAGUGGGGAUUAUAACAUAGGUCGUGUAUUAGCGUGUGCAUGUAUAAAGAGAGAAAAGGACAAAGAGAACAAUGGCACAGUUAGAAAUAUAUUUUAUGGAUAAAGUCUUACAGCUGUUUCAGGGAAAAUCUAAUGUAUCCCUUCAUCAGAGACAGAAAUAGUAGAGGAAUGGAUUAUUAUACCUAUAAGAGGAGAGUUAUGUAUAUGUAUGUAUGUAUAUAUAAAAGCACUAAUCCGGGACAGACAAAGAACAGGCUCUCUGCCAAAACUUGAGAUCUACAAAUAUGUUGCUUGUUGAGCUCCAUCUUUUUCUGUAAUAGAUUAGUGUGUAUUAAAAUUCUCAUUGUUAAUUAUAAUUGAUAUAUAUUUCUUCCUAAACUGCAAAGUAAUUUCAAACAGUACAAUGAUUCCUUGAGAUUCUGAUGACUGUCAUUGUUCUGCUCCUAUAUGAUAGUGUUGCCAUUAAGUUUUUUAACUGGACUAAAGUCAUUUUAACUCUGUAUGUGCUAACUUCAGUACCAGCAGGGUUUUUUCUCUCCUCUUAAUGCUUUGAAUGUAGGAAAACUAAAAUGUCUUAAAAUGUUUGUCAUUUCAUAGAUUCCAUGUUCAAUUUUUACCCGAGAUCUAGCCUUUCCAAUUGUAAUGAAGGUCAUAAAAUAACAUGUAAUUAAUAUAUUGUUGAUGAGAUCAUUGUCUAUACUCACAUGUCUUUAAAAAAAGGGAUCUUGUCUUUUUAAGAAAUACAAAUAAAUUCGUAAUUUGUAGUUUUCUUAUUUAUGUUUCACAACUUAUCUCAUUUAUCUCUACAAAAACAAGCAUACAUGUGCAUACAUUUUAAGGAUGCAAUUAUUACAAAGUGUACGCAAAUGGGAAUUUAUGAACUAAAUAUUCAAAGGCAAAAAAGCUCAGUCAUUAUUAGUUUUUUGCAACAUGAAAUGAGACUCUUAUCAAAGCUUCAGUUUUGAAUAAACUAAUAUAUUAUGGAAUAUUUGCAAUAGACACUUUGAAUAGUUUCUUCAAAUAUGGGAUCAAUUCUGAAGAAUAUUAGAGUAGUGAAGCAAUAAAUACUAGUUACAAAUUAAAUGAAAGUUUGCAGGAUAGAAUAGGAAAUAAAAUAACGAAUGCCAUAUUUACUCAUCAUUUUGUACAGAUUGUUAAGAGGAUAUGAAAAGGUUUAAAAAAAACAAAAAACAAAACCAAUAUGAUUCUUUCCUCACUUUUACCAGUCGUCAGUCUAAAUAGAAUUAGAUUGAAGUGACUUCUCUCAUUUAAAAAAAAAAAUGUGUGCAAUUUCUAAAUAUAAUUAUUAUAACAAUUGAAUAAAAAGCAAGAAAUAUAGUUGUUUGGUUAUUUAUAUGUCAA